AUGGAUUCCAUGCCCCGUCGCCACGCUUGCCCCAACGCCGUCCAGGCCGGUGCGCCGCUCCCUGCCGGCGCUGCCAUGGGUCUGGAUACGUCCCGCGAGGCGUUUGUCGGCGGGAUCCGGGGCCCUGCCGGUGUGGUGGGGGCGCAGCCAAGGCACGGCAGCAUCCAGGCCGGUGCGCCGUUCCCCGACGCCGCAACCAUGGGUCUAGAGGCCUCCCGCGGCGCAUCUUUCGGCGAGAUCCCGGGCCCUACCGGUGUGGAGGGGGCGCGGCCAAGGCACGGCAGCCUCCAGGCCGGUGCGCCGUUCCCCGCCGCCGCCAUGGGUCUGGAGGCCUCCCGCGGCGCGUCUUUCGAUGGGAUCCCAGGCCCUGCCGGUGUGGAGGGGGCGCGGCCAAGGCACGGCAGCCUCCACGCCGGUGUGCUGUUCAACCCUGCCGCCACCAUGGGUCUCGAGGCGUUCCGCGGCGCAGCUUUCGGUGGGAUCCUGAGCCCUGCAGCAGAGAAGGGGGCGCGUUCAAGCUUCCUCGGCAGCGGCGUCCAGAAUCCUGAGCUUAUUCAGAAAAGAACAAUGGGAGCCCUGGCUGCCUGUAUUAUGGAGAUGCAGGACAACGCCGAACGGAUGAGGAAGCUGAUGUCACAGUACCAGAUCUCUGCAAUGCCAAGAGGCUUAGAUGCCAAUCCAAGGUCGCCAUCGGAACCGGAGGACGAAUUGCCAUUUGAUGGCUGUGAUCAAUGGGAGGAAGAUGAGUACCUGCAGGACGAUGCGUCAUGGUGUGCUGAGAAUGACAUUGACUUUGAAGAAAUUUUAGAUCGCCACAUGAAUUGA